AUGGCACACCUCUUCCUUGUCUUUAAUUUAUAUCUUGGGGAAGCAGCAGCAGUAGCCACAACGAAUGCGACGUCUUCUGGACGCCAGGAAGGAUGGGUGAGCUCACCAAAUGGCCGGGGCACCUUCGAUAUCAUAUGGGGCUCUCUUCUCACCAUCUUCCUUUGCACAUGGACCUCCCUCCACCUCAACAUACCAUCGCUUCAUGAGAAAUACCUGCAUCGAUGGUUCCGCAAACUUCGGUGGAUGGUACAGGCCAUCAUGGCUCCCGAAUUCAUUGUCGGCUUUGCUACAGGUCAGAAAGUCGAAGCGAGACGCUCGGUAGAGAUGUGGAAGAAUUCUGGGUACAGCGAGUGGACAAUGCGCCAUGGGUUCUAUGCCAACAUGGGUGGCUUCGUUUUGCAGCCGCGCGAUAGUCAGCCAUUCCCAGUCAACUCCAAACAAUUGCACUACCUCGUGACUCGAGAUUAUACUCCCUUCCCUACCACCACAGCGAAAGAGAUCUGGGACAAGAGUAAGCAAGACAGGUUCCAGAAGGCCUUGACUUUGUUGCAAACGGGGUGGUUUGUUCUUCAGUGCUUGGGCCGCGCAAUCCAGCAUCUCCCUGUCACAACGCUUGAGCUCGCCACAUUUGGUUUCGUAUUCUGUACCUUCGCCUCCUACUACCAAUGGUCCGACAAGCCUCUAGAUGUCGAGAGCCACACGAUAAUCGAGAUCCAGAAAAGCACAAAGGAGAUCCUCAUCGAGGCUGGAAAUAUGCCUAACGCAAGCAAGCCAUACAGCCAGACCCCUCUUGAUUUCGUUGACGAUCAGUCUCCGUCCUGGCUCACAGAAAUCCAGCCUCAUUUACGAUUUAAGAUGGGCCCACGUGAACGACCAUUACCUCGUUUCACGAAUGACAAGUUUCCUGUCAUUGGAGCAAGCCCUGACGCUAUAUUUCUAUUUAUCGUCAUUUUAGCCUACUGCUGCAUACACUUCAUUGCCUGGAAUUUUGACUUCCCAACCCACGUGGAGCGCAUAAUCUGGCGAGUGGGCUGUAUCACCAUCGUUGCAACCACCUUCAUCUUUCUAGCCUGCGAAACUUAUCAGGAUGGACAUCGUGUCGGCCGCUGGCAGCGCUGGUACCUGAUAAUAUUUCCCAAGAACCCUGUCCAUCUUGCCAGGGUGAGCACUAUGGAAAAGAAGAGACGCGAAAUGGAAUUCAUUCCGUUUUGGGAAAUUGUCAUCAUGUCGCCUGUGACUAUCAUGUACACGGUGGCACGUACUUACAUCGUUGUCGAGGUCUUCGUCAGCCUUCGCUCGCUUCCUAGUGGUGCGUUUGAUUCGGUGCAAUGGUCCAAUUUCAUACCACAUUUCUGA